UGGAAGGCUUGGAUCGAAGAAAGGUGGCACCUCUGGAGGGGGUAACUUUUACUUCCUCCGAAGAGAUGCCAACUCAUUCGACUCUCGAAGGCGAGGCCUUUUUUCUGGAAUGUCUCAUGCUUGGAUGCUUAGUUUCCAUGGGGUGCCACACUCGUUCGGGCCUCUCUCGCGAGUUCUCAUGCGCCUACCGCAAAGAGCAUGUUCCUGAUGGUAGUAAGUGGCACAUGCCGUUCAGCCUCCCUCUCAUGAGGGUGGCAUGGUAGGGUGCGGUAAAGCUCGGAGUCACGGAAUGUCACGAAAUCCGUUACAUUGAACACAGCACAUUAGUACUGUCAAAUAUUCGUUGGAGGGUUUGAUGCGAAGUUAUGAUGACAUCUUGUCAGGCGUCGCUGCGUGUAUCACCGUGUUUGCUUUGUUCCCCAACCCUCCUGUUUUGCCGCGUUGCGUCUUUUGUCCUUCUAGGUCGUCUUGGUUGGCGAGACGGGCACGUUUCAGCGCGGCCGCUUGGAAGAGUGGAUGGCGCUGUCCGCGAGGCACGCGCCCCCUUCGAAGCUGGGCAAGCGGCACGUGCGAGCGGCCCCAGGUGGCCUCCAGGACGCCUACAUCGGCGCGGUCCGGUGGUGCCUCACCAGCGCAACCCUGAAGUCGAGGACCCACGCGCGGGCUCCAGACGCAGCUUCCGCAGGCUCCGCCAGCACCGCCUAUGAGGAGCGGCCGCGGGGCGCGGGCGCGGCGCUGCCAGGCUGCCAGGGCGACAUCCAGGGGCCGCUUGUCGUAGCAGUGCGGGAGGCGCACGAGAGCGCAGAGGGCCUGCUGCUUGUGGCACGGGUGGUCGCCGAGGCUGAGGUAUUGUUACAGGCCCUCGGGCACCGGGCACAUGGCAUUGUUGGAGGUGCGGAGAGCUCAGCAAGGCUCCUGCUGCACCGGCAGCAUCCCGCCUUGCAGGGGCACGGCAGAAGUGGCUCCCAGGCCCUGGCACACUGCUGCAGGUGCAUGGCUUUGCGAUCGCUGCUGCGGGCCGCCAUGGCCGCGGUCCCCUGCUGCUGCCGUCCGAGGUCCGCGUGGUGUCCAGCACCGGGUGAUCGGCCGUGAGGGCUUGCACAAGCUUUGCGGUCCAGCUACUGUCGCAACGAGCGCCCAGUGGUCGUGGUGUUGCGCGGCCACGCGUUCGCCCACCCCCUGUCGCAUCUCCCCAUCCAUGCCCCCAUCCUCAUUUCUCUCCCCUGCGCUCCCCUUGCCCUCUUGGCUUGCCUGCCGUCCUCGCGUACGCAGACCAACCGUCCAGGCAGGAUCGUGUUCGCUACCAGACGUUAGGACUGUUGUACCUCGACGUCCUUCCAUCUUCGCUCUUGGCAGAGCAGUCCUCCCCGCCCGUGCGCGCAGCGCAGCGGUCGCCAGGCCCUCUUUGCCUCGAGCAUGUCGCAGUGGUUGAUGGUUGAUGGGGAAGCCCAACAGCCCUGCUGAGCGGACGUGCCGACGCAUUCGAGGAAGAAA